UCAUACCUGCUGGCGGUACAUUUCCAUGAUUUAUUAAUCGUCGUCCUCGGCGGCGGUGGAAGAAGAAGCUUUUAGUUGAAGUCAGAGUGAUGGCUUCGUACAAAAAUGGGAGGGGACCGGUGAAGGUGGAUCGCACUCAAGGAGGUGCUACAGCGAAUCUCAGAGUUUCUUCUUCCUUCAAAUCCAAGACAUCUAAUGUCCGUCGUGGCAGCUCCGGCGCUAACCUUGAUGACCAUGUUUCUGGUAGAGUUCGAGUUGCUGUGAGAUUGAGACCUCAAAAUGCUGAGGAGUUGGUGGCAGAUGCUGAUUUUGCAGAUUGUGUGGAAUUGCAACCAGAGCUUAAACGAUUAAAACUUCGAAAGAACAGUUGGGACUCAGAUACCUAUGAAUUUGAUGAGGUGCUCACUGAAUUUGCAUCCCAGAAGCGAGUUUAUGAAGUUGUUGCAAAACCUGUUGUGGAGAGUGUUCUAGAUGGUUAUAAUGGGACAGUGAUGGCUUAUGGUCAAACCGGCACAGGAAAGACUUUCACUCUCGGACGACUUGGAGAUGAAGACACAUCAGCUCGUGGAAUCAUGGUCCGUGCAAUGGAGGAUAUACUAGCUAAUAUAUCUCAGGGUUCAGAUUCUGUCAUAAUCUCAUACUUGCAGAUUUACAUGGAGACAAUCCAAGACCUCCUAAAUCCAGAAAACGAUAAUAUUUCCAUCGUUGAAGAUCCGAGGACUGGUGAUGUUUCCGUACCAUCUGCAACCAUGGUGGACAUUCGAAACCAUAAGGACUUUAUGGAGUUAUUGCGUUUGGGAGAAGCACAUCGAGUUGCUACUAACACAAAACUCAAUACCGAGUCUUCUCGUAGUCAUGCUAUUCUCAUGGUACAUAUCAAGAGAUCUGUUGCUGAGAUGGAAUCUGACAUUGCAAGUGAAAGUGACCAUUCCUCUCACAUGGGAAAUACUUUAAAGCCACCAAUCAUACGGAAAGGCAAACUAGUUGUUGUAGAUCUUGCUGGCUCUGAGCGUAUUCAUAAGUCAGGAAGUGAGGGACACACAUUAGAGGAAGCCAAAUCUAUCAAUCUUUCUCUAAGUGCGUUGGGGAAGUGCAUAAAUGCUCUAGCAGAGAAUAGCACUCAUGUACCUGUUAGAGAUUCUAAGCUGACAAGGCUGCUUAAAGAUUCAUUUGGAGGAACUGCAAGAACAUCAUUGAUUAUAACUAUUGGCCCAUCUCCACGCCAUCGUGCAGAGACUGCAAGUACUAUAUUGUUUGGACAAAGGGCUAUGAAGGUGGAGAACAUGUUGAAAAUCAAGGAGGAAUUCGAUUACAGAAGUUUGUGUAGAAGGCUUGAGAUACAAAUUGACAAACUCAUCGCAGAAAAUGAAAGACAGCAGAAAGCAUUUGAGGAUGAGGUUGAAAGGAAAACAAUAGAAGCACACAAGCGAAUCUCAGAGGCUGAAAUGAAUUAUGCUGAUGUUUUGGAGAGGGAGAAAAUGAAAUGCCAAAUGGAUUACAUGGAGUCGAUUAAGAAGCUUGAGGAGAAGUGGAUGAGCAAUCAAUCGAAAUACGGAAACAGUGGCUUCAUUAAUGGCAGUCGUGGUGGAAAGGGUGAGAGCCAUGUAUAUGAAGAUGUUACAGAGUUACAGAAAAUGCUGCAGAAGGAAAUUAGUUUGCGGAAAGAGGCUGAAGAAGAGAUCCACAAUCUUAGGAACUCCCAGCUUCUAUGGACAGAGGCAGGUGCAAAUGCUGACGUUGUAAAACUUAAAAAAUUACUGGAUGAUGAAACUCAUCAGAAACAGAAACUGGAAGAAGAAGUUCAUUUGUUACAAAGCAGGUUGUCGCAACUGACCUGUGAAUCUGGUCAGCCUAGGUACCCACAAUAUGAGGAUCAAGGCAAUGGAGAGACAUCAUCAAUAGCCAGUAUUCACGAACAAGUUGGAUUGCAAAAGAUAUUAUCUUUGCUAGAGUCGGAAGACCCUAAUGUACGUUUGCAUGCCGUGAAGGUGGUGGCCAACCUAGCAGCUGAAGAUACAAAUCAGGAAAGAAUAGUUGAAGCUGGUGGUCUCACAUCACUGUUGGAGCUCCUUCGAAGUCGAAGCUUUGAUGAAACAAUUUGCAGAAUAGCAGCUGGUGCGAUUGCAAACCUUGCAAUGAAUGAAACAAAUCAGGAGCUUAUAGUGGUUCAAGGUGGGAUAAGUCUGUUAGCAAUGACUGCAGUCGAUGCUGAGGAUCCCCAGACUCUACGCAUGAUAGCUGGAGCUAUUGCAAAUCUAUGUGGAAAUGAUAAACUUCAAACCCGGCUGCGAUCUGAAGGUGGAAUCAAGGCUUUGCUUGGAAUGGUCAGGUCAAGACAUCCAGAUGUUCUUUCACAAGUUGCACGUGGGAUCGCAAAUUUUGCUAAAUGUGAGUCCCGAGCGUCUAGCAAAGGGGCAAAAAAGGGACGCUCUCUGCUGAUAGAAGAUGGCGCUCUUCCAUGGAUAGUGCAAAACGCAAAUAAUGAAGCAUCAAUAAUUAGGCGGCACAUCGAGCUUGCCCUCUGCCACCUGGCACAACAUGAAAUAAACGCAAGAGACAUGGUUAGUGAAGGUGCCAUUUGGGAGCUGGUUCGUAUCUCACGCGAUUGUUCCCGCGACGACAUUCGCUCUCUUGCUCAUCGGACUUUGACUUCUAGUCAAACCUUCUUGUCUGAAUUGCGACGCUUACGAGUAGAGAUAUAAAUCACACACAUAUAACUUGGUAUUAUUUUAAAUAUGUUUGGGCAUUUACAGUUGUA